ACACAUCGACCCACCUUCCCUAGCCUCCAAGCUCCAGCACGCAGCCAACCUUGUCCGCUCCGUCCGUCGCCCUCACGCUCUUCGUGCCCGCCGCCUCCCCUCCCGUCCGCCAUGGCCUCCAUCGCCGGAUCCGCCCUCUCCUUCGCCAAGCCCGUCAAGGUGGUCAACACAAACUCGCUCUCUUUCUCCGGUGCAAGGAAGGGAAAUGCGUUUCUCCGCCUGCAGCCAGUGCCGAUGAGAUUUGCUGUUUGCUGCGCCGCAAAAACAGAUACCGUGGAGCAGGUUUGUGAAAUUGUUAAGAAGCAGCUUGCACUUCCUGACACCACUCAGGUUGUCGGUGCCUCCAAGUUCUCAGACCUUGGAGCUGAUUCACUGGACACGGUGGAGAUUGUGAUGGGCCUCGAGGAGAAGUUUGACAUCAGCGUGGAAGAGUCGAGCGCGCAGGAGAUCGUGACAGUCGAGGAUGCCGCCUCGCUCAUCGACAAGCUCGUCUCGGCAAAGUCUACUUGAUUUGAGGGGGAAACCGUGAGAAGCUGGGAGCUCAUAUGCUAGUAGUUUUACCUUGCGGCCUGUUCUACCAUUAUAGGGUUUAAAAACGUCUGGAGGCUUGGUUGGUGUAUUUUGUCAGGACUAUUGUCCCCCCCCCCCCCCCCCCUAAUGUGCUGUGUCGUAAUAAGAUGAUAUGAUUGUUGAAGUAUUAUAUUAAUCUUUGUUUUGAACAA